ACGUAUACAUGGUAUACAUAGGAUUGCAUGGCUGCUAGACUAAUCGAUGUAGUGAGAGUCUAAGUGGGCUGGUCGGCGUAAAGGUCGGACUUACCUCCCGGAGGUACGACACGCAGAAGGAGAGAUGCAAGGAAGAAAGGAGCAAACAACGAAAGCAGCUGUCCCCUUCACGUGCUCUCUCUCCCCACUUGUUCUUUUUUUUUCAGGCCAGAUCUUGCACUUCUCUUCUUUCCUCCUGUCGUUGGACUCAUGGUAGCUGGAGGUCGUCUUCUAGCGUCGAAAUGCAGAAAGCCAACUCAAAAGAUGUCGAGGCGGUCUCGCCCAGCCUGGAGUCGCCGCCCGCCUAUUUGGACUCUGGCGUCGAUGAGGCCAAGCUGCUGCGCAAGAUCGACAUGAGAGUCAUGCCCAUUCUGUUUAUUAUAUAUCUAGUUGCUUUCUUAGACAGAGUCAACAUCUCCAAUGCCUUGACGCUAGGAAUCGUCAAAGACUUAGACCUCUACGGUGAACGGCCCAACACCGCUUUGGUCGUCUUCUAUGCGCCGUACAUUCUGUUCGAAAUUCCAUCCAACAUCCUCAUGAAACGAUUCAACCCGCAUAUGUGGCUGUCCGGAUGUAUCACCGCCUUUGGUAUCGUCAUGCUGGGUCAGGCUUGGGUCUCGAGCUACGGCGGACUGAUCGCGACGCGAUUUUUCCUGGGUUUCGCUGAAGCUGGUAUCUUUCCUGGAAGUUUUUACUUGAUUAGUUUCUGGUACAAGCGGGAAGAAGCGCAGAAACGGUUUACAAUCUACUGGUCAUCCGUCAUUCUGGCAGGUGCUUUUGGUGGUUUAUUGGCUACUGCGAUCUCCCGAAUGGACGGCUUGCGUGGUAUGGCGGCAUGGCAAUGGAUUUUCUGCUUGGAAGGCAUCGCCUCUAUUCUAGUCGGCAUCGCAGCCUACUUCUUGGUGGUUGACUUUCCCAAGGAAGCGGCGUGGUUGACACCGGAAGAGAAGGCUUUUGUCACGGCAAAGACUCGCAGUGAUGAAUCGCAUGUCGUGUCCGUUACUACCCACGACGUGCUGCGCUAUCUCAAGGACGUCAAAUCUCAUUUGGGUGCCAUCAUGUAUUUCACCAUCGUCGUUCCCAUCUAUGCCUUUUCCUACUUUGCCGCGACCAUCGUUCGCGCUCUGGGAUAUUCGACAGUGCAGACCCAGUUGCAUACCGUUCCGCCCUUCGCAGCGGCAUUCGCCUACGCUCUUAUAGUUGCUAUCUGGUCGGACCGUGUCAAAAUUCGCUAUCCAUUUAUCCUCGCAUCGGAUGCUCUGAUCCUCGUCGGCGUGGCCUUGAUGUUGCAUUACCAUGGCAAAGAACACUUUUCAGCCGAAUAUUGUGGAAUCAUCUUCAUCACCAUGGGCGCAUUUGGCGGAGGCGCUAUUAUAGUCUGCUGGAUUCUGAUGAAUCUCCACGGUCACGCCGAGCGCGGUAUUGGCUCUGCAUGGACGAUUGGUUUUGGUAAUGCCGGUGGGAUCGUGGCAGUCUUCCUGUUUCUGUCCAAGGAUGCUCCGAAUUACACCGUGGGAUACUGGGUGCUGAUCGGUAUGGUACUCGUGGGUAUUCUAUCGACUUUUUUGUACGGAGCCAUGAUUUGGCGGGAGAAGCGAAAGGCAUUGGCGAAUGGGCAGGUUGAGAAGGCCAAUUCUUUGUCUUUGUGAGGGAAUGCAGUGGUCAUAUCAUAUGAAUCGACAUAUUUCCACGCAUGUGCAAAGGCUUACAUUCAUACUCUGAGCAUGAUUAUUUAUAGAUCAAUAUAUAUAGACUCUACCAAUCUACUCGCUGAAUACAAAUCUGGACGUAGCUGCUAUUUAUCUAUCAUACUACAAUUGCCACCGUAAUUACUCCCGAGUGUCCUUUCAACGUUAUUCCGAGUCGAAUCAUCCACAACAAACCGUGACAUCCUCCAUCGCUACAGUCAUCUUACCCAUAUCCGGUCUACCA